AUGUGGACGAGAGGCUAUGUGGACGAGGCUAUGUGGCCGAGAAGCUAUGUAGACGAGAAGCUAUGUGGACGAGAGGCUAUGUGGACGAGAAGCUAUGUGGACGAGAAGCUAUGUGGACGAGAGGCUAUGUGGACGAGAAGCUAUGUGGACGAGAAGUUUGUGGACGAGAGGCUAUGUGGACGAGAAGCUAUGUGGCCGAGACUAUGUGGACGAGAAGCUAUGUGGCCGAGACUAUGUGGACGAGAGGCUAUGUGGACGAGAGGCUAUGUGAACGAGAGGCUCUGUGGCCCAGACUAUGUGGACGAGAAGCUAUGUGGCCGAGACUAUGUGGCCGAGACUAUGUGGACGAGAGGCUAUGUGGACGAGAGGCUAUACGACCUCCAAACUUCCCCACUACCAGACGACCUCCAAACCUCUCCACUGCCAGACGACCUCCAAACGUCUCCACUGCCAGACGACCUCCAAACUUCCCCACUGCCAGACGACCUCCAAACGUCUCCACUGCCAGACGACCUCCAAACUUCUCCACUGCCAGACGACCUCCAAACCUCCCCACUGCCAGACGACCUCCAAACCUCUCCACUGCCAGACGACCUCCAAACUUCUCCACUGCCAGACGACCUCCAAACCUCUCCACUGCCAGACGACCUCCAAACCUGCCAGACGACCUCCACUGCCAGACGACCUCCAAACCUCUCCACUGCCAGACGACCUCCAAACUUCUCCACUGCCAGACGACCUCCAAACCUCUCCACUGCCAGACGACCUCCAAACCUCUCCACUGCCAGACGACCUCCAAACCUCUCCACUGCCAGACGACCUCCAAACCUCUCCACUGCCAGACGACCUCCAAACCUCUCCACUGCCAGACGACCUCCAAACCUCUCCACUGCCAGACGACCUCCAAACCUCUCCACUGCCAGACGACCUCCAAACUUCUCCACUGCCAGACGACCUCCAAACCUCUCCACUGCCAGACGACCUCCAAACCUCUCCACUGCCAGACGACCUCCAAACCUCUCCACUGCCAGACGACCUCCAAACCUCUCCACUGCCAGACGACCUCCAAACCUCUCCACUGCCAGACGACCUCCAAAACUCCCCACUGCCAGACGACCUCCAAACCUCUCCACUGCCAGACGACCUCCAAACUUCCCCACUACCAGACGACCUCCAAACCUCCCCACUGCCAGACGACCUCCAAACCUCUCCACUGCCAGACGACCUCCAAACCUCUACACUGCCAGACGACCUCCAAACCUCCCCACUGCCAGACGACCUCCAAACCGCCCCACUGCCUCAGACGACCUCCAAACCUGUACACUACCUCAGACGACCUCCAAACCUGUCCACUGCCUCAGACGACCUCCAAACCUCUACACUGCCAGACGACCUCCAAACUUCCCCACUGCCAGACGACCUCCAAACUUCCCCACUGCCAGACGACCUCCAAACCUCUCCACUGCCAGACGACCUCCAAACCUCUCCACUGCCAGACGACCUCCAAACCUCUCCACUGCCAGACGACCUCCAAUCCUCUCCACUGCCAGACGACCUCCAAAUCUCUCCACUGCCAGACGACCUCCAAACCUGUCCACUGCCAGACGACCUCCAAACUUCUCCACUGCCAGACGACCUCCAAACCUCUCCACUGCCAGACGACCUCCAAACUUCCCCACUGCCAGACGACCUCCAAACCUCUCCACUGCCAGACGACCUCCAAACUUCCCCACUGCCAGACGACCUCCAAACCUCCCCACUGCCAGACGACCUCCAAACCUCCCCACUGCCAGACGACCUCCAAACCUCCCCACUGCCAGACGACCUCCAAACUUCCCCACUGCCAGACGACCUCCAAACCUCCCCACUGCCAGACGACCUCCAAACCUCUCCACUGCCAGACGACCUCCAAACCUCCCCACUGCCAGACGACCUCCAAACCUCCCCACUGCCAGACGACCUCCAAACUUCCCCACUGCCAGACGACCUCCAAACUUCCCCACUGCCAGACGACCUCCAAACCUCUCCACUGCCAGACGACCUCCAAACUUCCCCACUGCCAGACGACCUCCAAACUUCCCCACUGCCAGACGACCUCCAAACCUCUCCACUGCCAGACGACCUCCAAACUUCCCCACUGCCAGACGACCUCCAAACUUCCCCACUACCAGACGACCUCCAAACCUCCCCACUGCCAGACGACCUCCAAACUUCCCCACUGCCAGACGACCUCCAAACCUCCCCACUGCCAGACGACCUCCAAACUUCCCCACUGCCAGACGACCUCCAAACCGCCCCACUGCCAGACGACCUCCAAACCUCCCCACUGCCAGACGACCUCCAAACCUCCCCACUGCCAGACGACCUCCAAACUUCCCCACUGCCAGACGACCUCCAAACCUCCCCACUGCCAGACGACCUCCAAACUUCCCCACUGCCAGACGACCUCCAAACUUCCCCACUGCCAGACGACCUCCAAACCUCUACACUGCCAGACGACCUCCAAACCUCCCCACUGCCAGACGACCUCCAAACUUCCCCACUGCCUCAGACGACCUCCAAACCUCCCCACUGCCAGACGACCUCCAAAUUUCCCCACUGCCUCAGACGACCUCCAAACCGCCCCACUGCCUCAGACGACCUCCAAACCUCCCCACUGCCAGACGACCUCCAAACUUCCCCACUGCCAGACGACCUCCAAACCUCCCCACUGCCAGACGACCUCCAAACUUCCCCACUGCCAGACGACCUCCUAACAGCAGCCCUCGGACGCAAAAUCAUUAUGGAAAUACUGAGACAUAA